AUGCACCUCCAGCCUGCCCCUGGUGGGAGUUCUCAGCCAGGGGUAGUGGGAAGCAGGGAGAGGAGGAGCUGCGGGAGGACAUGGGGAAGAGCCCUUCCGCAGCUCCCUUGGGAGGCCCGGAACGCGCGCGGGCCGCUUCCCGCGCCGGCCGUUGGGGGGCGCCCUGCCUGCGCGGGCUGCGGGGCGCUGCGCGGCGCUGCGCGGCGGGCGUUGUCCCGCCCACGUCACCCGGGGCACGGCCCGCGCCCAACGGCGAGGCUGCGCGUAUAUAACGCGGGGCGCAGGGUUCGCGGGCGCUGUGCCCUUCGGCAGCGCCGCCGCUCCCUGCCCGCCUGCCAGGUAACGGGGGCGUCGUGCCCUCUCCCCCGUGUCCCGGCCCGGGGCGCGGUUACAGGGAACCGUUUGUUCCAGGUCCGCGGCCGCCGCGAUGAUGAAUACGAACUUCUUCCACAUACUCAAAACAAAAAGAGAACAUUAACAAGAGCAGCAAUCCAGAACCAUGGGAAACUGUUGAUGCUACCAAGCCUCAGAAGGUCUGAUCCUGAAUUUAUGGUGUACUUCUGCUAUUAACAAUCCGUCAGAAAUGGAAACCUAUAGAAGAGCUGGAAAAUGUCAAAAAGCUUAUGAAGUGACACGUUUCUGUUGCCUCAAAAAGGUACCCUGUGAAUCUAGUGGAAUCACUUCUGCACAAACUUGGCUACUGAAAUCAGUGUGCGGAAAUGCUUCUGCUACAUUUUUAGGGUCUCCCUACAUUUUUUUGGAAUCUGGAUGAGGAGUUCCAUAUUGCUUUAGAAGCUGGCAUACUACAUACACACAGUCAAAAAAUCUGUCUCACAUAAUUGAUUUUCUGUGGGCAUUUGAUGUCAAAUGUUGACUAUUCAGAUGUUAAUUAUAGAUGGAAAAGCCUUCACACUUUUUGUAGAAUAUUGGGUUUUUUCAAAAACACUAAUUUUGUAAUUUUAAAAUAUAUUUUAUUUAAAACUUAUACAUCUUUACAACAUUCCAUGAAAAUUCAAUAAAUGGAGAUUACCCAAAAGCCCUUCUAAAUUGGGAUUCCUGAUCUGCUCCCUCUCUACACUGUAUUUCAGUGCUCUGUACUGACCAAACAGUCAUCAGAACCAGAGGAUGUCUUUGUACGGCAUCAUAUGUGGUCAUAAAGUAUAUUAGCAUUUGUUUUCUAUGUUACAUGUGAUGAGAAUUUAAGUCAAAACUAAUGUUCGACUGCUAAUAUUAAAACUUAGGCAUGCACUCACCUUAAUUUGUUGAGAGUCUAGUAGGUUAUUUAAGGGAGUAUUUGAGACUAUAGGAUUAGAACAUCAGAAUUAAGCAUGGGUAAAAGGGAACUGGAAAUGAGAUAAUUUCUGUUGUAUUUAAAUACUGUUCAUGUUUAAAUUUAGAAAAAGUUACUAGAGUUUGGUAAUGUGCAUUAUCCAAAACUAAUUACAUAAUGUUAAUUCUCUUUGUGCAAGGUGGUUCAUGUGGAAGCUUAAGUGUACUGUGCCAUUAGCAAAGCUUCUAAGCAUUUCUAGAUACGUGCUAUUCGGGACAUCUGCUUUAACAAAGAGAAAAUAACAGAUUUAAUUUCGGAAUGGUUCUUUACAGAGCCAGUUCUUCUUUAAGCCUCUGUGUUUUCUUAUGGGUUGGCCAGGGUAAGAAUAUCCUGGGCAGACCCCCAGUACAUUAAAGAGGUAAUAUAUACAUCCAAUGGUAGAACAGUCCUUUUGUGGAUGUUUUCUGUAUGUGUCUCUUUCCAAGCAGUUUCACAAUAUAUUACACUGUUCCUUUUACAACAGAUGUUCAGAAUGCAUAUUCCUUUCUGUGAGGAAGAAAGCAAAAGUGAAACAACUACUAACUGGAAAAAGUUGCUGUAAGUGAGUAAUAGGGAAGUGCUUUAGGUUACUCGGGUGCAGCAAAGACAACUUAGGUUAGUAAAGCUGUCUCCUGAAUUUUAAGAUAGCUUGGCUUCAGGAGCUUUAAGUUUAUGUAAGAUUUAUUGAUGCUGAGGAAAAAAAAAUAAAAUGUUAUUUUAUCCCAUACGUGUGUGCAGAUGCAGUGUAAAUAUUUAUCAAGUAAGGAUGACUCAGCAGCGUUUAUGUUCUAGAGUAAGAGGAACUACAAGACUUCAGAAUACAUUCUUAGCUUUCGUCUUAAGGAAUGACAUUCCAAGAUGAUUGGAUAGCAUAUAACCACAGAAAUCCAGUGCUCUGAGGAAUGCAAGUUUCAAGUAUUUUAAUAGAAAUAUUUUUAAAUAUUUUCUGUAAGUUAUUCUGUAUUUCUGAUGGACUGUAUCAAACAAAAAGUGCUGUGUUCUGAAUUGAUGCAUGCAUUAAAAAAGUUUGUUCUUCA